AAAAUAUAACAAUAACUUGUUCAAGUGUUUUUAUAUUGAGAUAUUUUUAUCGAAAGAUACCAGAUGAAACCAUGAAAUUUAGCCCAAAUUUAAGGUGUUGAUUUCUAAUACCAGUUAUAUUAAGAGAACAGUCUGCUCGGCUAGACGGCAUAGUUUUCGAUCACGUUAAGCCUUGAAGACAAUUUACAAAGAAACGCCUUCGCAGAGAAGAAGUAGCACUGAAAGGAGGGGAACAAGCGAAGGCCAUGAAACCAUCGCGAGUUUUGCGAUUGGCUCUACUUGUCUCGUGCCUUGAGUCGGUGUGGGGAACUCCCGUAGAUCAAAAGGAGAAACUCUUUGCGUUGAAAUAUCUCAAGGAAUACCAUUACCUGUCUCCCUUGAAAAGUGGAAAUCACAACUUCAAGGAUGCGCUGAGGAUUUUUCAGCAAAAUUCGGACAUUCCAGACACUGGCCUACUUGACGCCAAAACAAUAACAGAAAUGCGCAAACCGAGAUGUGGUGUCCCGGAUUUUGACGAGGGUGGGAGCUCAAUCAACUCUGAGAGAAAGAAGCGGUUUUCAGUUUCCGAGACCUUUUGGACGACAUUCCAACUAACUUACAAGUUUCAUAACUACGCGUCGAAGGGCGGAUUGACUCCUGCUAAGCAGCGCAGUAUCGUACUGAAGGCCUUCACGCAAUGGGAAAAUAUCAGUCCGUUUUCCUUUAGUGAUGUCACUGGCUCUAGUUCCAGUCCGGAUAUUACAAUAUCAUUUUUCGCCAAAGGCCACGGCUCUUGCCCAUUUCCCUUCGACAAUGUUGGACAGGACCUUGCGCAUGCAUUUUUUCCUGAGGUGGGAACUGUGCACUUUGAUGAUGAUGAAACAUUCACCGAUGGUACACCCAAUGGAAUUAACCUUUUUUCGGUUGCUCUCCAUGAAAUUGGACAUCUCUUGGGGUUGAAGCAUUCAUUACACGCUGCGGCCAUCAUGCACAGCAUAUAUAAGGCUUAUGAUCCAAACAUGCAACUCACGAACGACGACAAAAAUGGAAUUGAUUACAUUUAUGCUCAGGGAAAUGUGACGCCAGGAAGCACUCCCUCACCAUGUUCUGACAAACACCCAGGAUGCAUAGCUUCGCAGUCUUAUUGUGAUAACGUAGGUCUAAUUGGUGACUCUAUGAGGAGAAUUUGCAGUAAAACUUGUGGACAAUGCGAUGGAUCGGGUGUCGUCGCACCCUGUCAAGAUGCCGUACCACAAUUUCUGUGCGCGUAUUAUAAAGGCCAGUCGCUCUGCUCUAAAACUAACGCUUACGUGUUUGCCAACUGCAAGAAAACGUGCAAUUUUUGUAGUGCUGGGUGAGGGACCAAGCUUACAGGACCGGACACCGUCUUUACAAGAAACACGAAGGAACAAAAACUUACAGCAAGUCCACUUUAUAAGUAGUUUUAAUUUACACGUUUAAAGCAAAGAAAACCAAAAUAAUAUGAACAUGCAUAAAGUAAUAAAAUAGGUGAACUAAAGAAAUAAAACGAACUGAGUGAAGUAAAGGUUAAGUAAAAUGAAUGAGAAGUAGAUAAUAUAAGUAAUCACUGUUAUAUUCCAAAAUGUUAUAGAUGUAGUAUUUCGUUAAAACAAUAAAGAAGUGCAUACAGA